AUGUGGAGAUGCUCGAAACUCACCACGGCAUCCAAACGAUCUGGUGCCAUAUUCGAGGAAAACGCUGUAAGAGAUGACCAGAUUUUCCAACUUGCCAUCUCAGACCUGAGUCUGAGCGAUGACAUUCUGCAGAGCGAGAAAAUCACCCACUCUGUGAAACUUAUCAAGCCUAACAACCCUUUCCAGGCAGUGCAGGAAGCAUGCGAGCUGAUGAACCAAGGGAUCCUCGCGCUGGUUACAUCUACGGGUUGUGCAGCUGCAAGUGCCCUGCAGUCUCUGACAGAUGCAAUGCACAUCCCCCACCUCUUCAUUCAAAGAAAUGGGGAUGGCGCACCCCGUACUGCCUGUCAGCUCAACCCGAGCCCAGACGGAGAGAGCUACACACUGGCUGCACGUCCACCUGUUCGAAUCAGCGACGUCCUGCUCACUCUUGUCUCUGAACUGCACUGGCAGAAGUUCAUCAUCUUUUACGAGAGCGACUACGAUAUCCGAGGUUUGCAAACCUUUAUGGACCAGGCGUCUCGACUGGGUCUAGACGUUUCCUUGCAGAGGGUGGACCGGAACGUUAGUCGGGUAUUUACUGACCUCUUCAACACGAUGCGCACUGAGGAACUCAACCGGUACCGGGACACUUUACGGAGGGCCGUGUUGCUCAUGAGCCCUUCAGGUGCACAGGUGUUCGUCCACCAGGCUGUGGAAACCAACCUGGCAUCCAAGGACAGCCACUGGGUCUAUGCCAAUGAGGAGGUGAGCGACGCAGACAUCAUGGAGCUAGUUCACAGCUCUCUGGGGCGAAUGACCAUCAUUCGUCAGAUCUUCCCGUUGUGGAGGGAUACCAAUGUUCGCUGUAUGAGGAACAAUCAUCGCAUUUCGUCUCUGCUCUGUGACCCUCAGGAAGGCUAUCUACAGUCUCUGGAGGUGUCCAAUCUCUACUUGUAUGACAGCGUUUUGAUGCUGGCAAAUGCCUUCUAUAGGAAGCUUGAGGACAGGAAGUGGCACAGUAUGGCCAGCCUUAACUGCAUGAGGAAGUCUACCAAGCCAUGGAAUGGAGGAUGGUCUAUGCUGGACACUAUUCAAAAGGGGCGGAUAAGUGGCCUGACUGGACUGAUGGAUUUCCGUGCCGAAGGCUCUAAUUCUCAUGUACAGUUUGAGAUUCUUGGGACCAGCUACAGCGAGACAUUUGGGAAAGAUGUGAAACGGCUGGCAACUUGGGACUCCACUCGUGGUUUGAAUGGUAGCCUAAAGGAGAAUCGGAUAGAAAGUGGUAUGCAUGGAGUAACACUCAAGAUUGUAACAUUACUGGAAGAACCUUUUGUGAUGGUGGCAGAAAAUAUUCUGGGCCAACCCAAGAGAUACAAGGGUUUCUCCAUUGACGUCCUGGAUGCCCUCGCUAAGAUCCUGGGCUUCAAAUAUGAUAUCUACCAAGUUGGAGAUGGGAAGUAUGGCUCAGCACUCCCUAAUGGAUCCUGGAAUGGCAUGAUUGGAGAGCUCAUUGGCAAGCGUGCUGACUUGGCAGUAUCAGCAAUCACCAUCACGCCGGAGCGUGAGAGCGUGGUUGAUUUCAGCAAACGCUACCUGGAUUACUCAGUCGGAAUUUUGAUGCACAAGUCAGAAGAAAAGAUCAACAUUUUUUCUUUACUGGCACCAUUUGAUCUGGCAGUCUGGGCAUGCAUAGCUGCAGCCAUCCCUGUGGUGGGCAUCAUGAUCUUCCUGCUCAGGCGCAUCCAGGCAGUGCGCUGCCAGAACAAUACAGCCGGUCAUCCACCACCUACCGUUUCCACUUCGCUUCAGAGUGCUAUCUGGAUUGUCUACGGUGCUUUUGUGCAACAAGGAAGUGAUUCCAUCCUGGGAUCAGUGGCUCUCCGUAUCGUCAUGGGCAGCUGGUGGCUUUUUACCCUUAUCGUGUGUUCGUCCUACACAGCAAACCUGGCAGCCUACCUCACUGUUUCACGAAUGGACAACGCAGUUCGAUCAUUCCAGGACCUGUCCAAGCAGGUGGACCUAGUUUAUGGGACGGUGAGAGACUCGGCUGUGUACGAGUAUUUCAGGGCCAAAGGCACCAACCCUCUGGAGCAGGACAGCACAUAUGCUGAGCUGUGGAAAGUCAUCAACAAAAACAAUGGCUUUGAGAACUCUGUAUCCAGCCCUUCAGAGGGUAUCAAGAAGGCAAAGCGAGAGUCAUAUGCCUUUCUGUGGGACAUGGCGGUGGUAGAGUAUGCUGCCCUGACAGACGAUGACUGCACGUUGACUAUAGCGGGAAACAGCAUGAGCACCAGAGGCUAUGGCAUGGCCCUGCAGCACGGCAGUCCUUACAGAGACAUCUUCUCACAGAAGAUUUUGGAGCUUCAAGAAAAGGGGGAUCUCGACAUCUUGAAGCAGAAGUGGUGGCCAAAGAAAGGUCGUUGUGACCUGCAGAGCCACACAGAAGCCCAGCCGGAGGGACGGGCGCUGCGUCUCCACAGCUUUGCCGGCGUCUUCUGCAUCCUUGCCGCAGGGCUUCUACUGGCCCUCCUAGUAGCUGCACUGGAGACGUGGUGGAACAGCAACCACUGCCGACGAGAGCAGCCCAAAGAGGACAAAGAAGUGAACCUGGAACAGGUCCACCAACGUUUGAACAGCCUCCUGGACGAGGACUUAGCCCACAAGCAGCUGCCAGGUCAGUCUAUAGAGAUCUCUGCCCUGGACAUUGGCAGCAUGCAACCCAGCCAGUCUCUGGAGGCUUUGUCUGUUCGGGAUUACCCAGCCCAUCGCGGACCACCGCCACUCUCUGUGACCACCUUCCUCCAGGAGGGUCAUGGGGCAGGAAGGACACUGGGCGCGUCCGCUGGCAGGACCUUGCCCCUGCCCCUCAGCAGUGCCACCAUGCCCUCUAUUCGCUGCAAACACAGGGCACCCAACGGAGGGCUCUUCCGGCAGAGCCCAGUCAAGACACCCAUGCCAAUGUCCUACCAACCAGUGCCAGGAGGACCCAUCCCAGAAGCCAGUGAUGCCAGCCACGGGACAUCCAUUUAAGCAAGCCGAACAUUCACAGACACUCGAGCUCAAACAGAAUAGCGAAGAGCUAAACAGAGUGCCGGCAGUGUGACGAGCUAUAAAUAAAAUGCUAAAAAAAGGAUUUUUACUACCAAUGAGACGACACACGAAAAGACACAAAGACUUUAAUGUACAUAUUUGUAAGUACAAAGAGAGAGAAGCAACAUUAAAAAGUGUAUUUUGAAUAUUCUCAACAGUUGAGUUUAAAAAACAAAAAAGUAUUAAAAAAUGACUGAAUGGCUUUGUAAAUUUUGUUCUAAAUGAAUAAAGGUGACAAUUCUUUGUGGUUGUUUUCUAAGUGCCAAGUUCAAAGAUGUUUUCUUUCAGAUCAUUAACUGAAUGUACUGUGAGAA